AUGUCAUCUCCACCGUCGCUCCAAGGCUGGCAUCGACUCUCAAAGGGCGCCGGAGGCAAGGCUGGAAAAGACUUCAAAAGAGCCACAUCGCCACAACGAACUGGUAGCAGAAGAAGUCCUGCACACAGUCGCAACACUAGCACUUCGUCCAAAUCAUCGUUCGGCAAACAAGGCGGCCGCAGCCCGGACCUGACCUACCAUGGACAGUAUCUGGCAUUCUACGGCAGUCCUCUUUCAAACUUCCAUGUGGCCAAAUCUUUCCGCGGCUCCAGCGCCAUGCCCUACCUCCUCAAUGAGCUUGAGAGACUCGAGAUCAUGCAUCCAGCACGUGAUUCGAUAGCAGUUCAAAAGAUGGAAGAGCAUCACUUCAUCUGCGGCGAACAGUUCAUGAUGGCCUGCAAAGGCUUUCUCUUCGAGCUCACGACAAUCCCACUUUUCAGCGACAGCAUUGAUAUCUUUGCUCAAAACCUCCGCGGGGCGGCCUCCAGCCAAAUUCCAAAUCCAUUCGACGACCUCAACCAGCAACAUGAGCAAUUUACAAAUUCCGUGUUCUGGCAGAUCCUUGAGUCGACUAGCCCACAACACAUCAAAUCUCUGGGACGACGAACACCCAAUUUCAACGAAGAGGUCUGGACAAAGGCCUCCAAAGCAGUUGUCAUCGCUGCGUCUCUUGCACGUGCUGAAGUCAACCCACAACUCUCAGACAUCUACAAGUCAGCAUGGAACACGACGGAUAACAUGCCAAAACACUAUUUUGUCGAGGCGAGCCCCGUGGAUAAGGUCUGGGGUGUUGGACUGGGACGUGAAGAUCGGAAGAUAAGAGACAGAAAGCUGUGGAAAGGCGAGAACCGCUUGGGACACUGUCAUGAUGAAGCAAUGCGGUUGUACAUGACCAAGCGUCAACCCAAGGCGGACUUUGUGCAGGAAAUCAAAGAGCUAAAGGAAAAGACGUCUGAAGCGGACCAAGAGAAGAAGGUUGAGAUUGAGAAGUACGGCGAGGCGGCCCCUGCGGAUGUCACAACUAAUGACAUUGCAAAGGAUGACGAAGAGACGAGUGCUGAGGAUCAGGGCACGCCUGGCGACAAGAAUCACCUCAAUCGACAGCCGACGCACCCAGCGUGGAAGGAGUUCAUCGACAACGAGGACAGAGGCAAGAAGGAGACCACGAGAGAAUCUUCGUCAGGGCACUAG